CUGGCCGGCGCGCCGCUCACCCGAGCUCACGGUCUGCUCAUAUUAGCUCACUUUGGCUCCCUUUAGCUCAGUUUAGCUCCUUUUAGCUCAGUUUAGCUCCUUUUAGCUCAGUUGAGCUCGGCUGGCUAAUGAGGGGGACGAUUGAAUGCGGUUGUGACCGUUGAAGACUGAGUUGUGACUUGUGUUACGGUAGUGUCGGCGUAGUGCUCAUAGCCACCGGUUUUUUAUUUGUAUUGUGGCUAGUGACACUAAGGCACUAUUAGUUGCCCUCUUAUCAUUUGCACGGGGCUUUUGAAGAAGUUUUGAGCAAAACAUUCGUGCAGUGCCGAGCCGGUGAUAGUGUAACACCGAAAAGAGACCGUAUAGUGACAGUGUAGUGACGAUAUAGUGCUAUAGUGACGGCCAGCACAGCGGUCUUCUGAAGAAGUGGCGUGAAACUCAAGAACCCUGCUCAGGACGUUAUCACUGCAAAGGAGAGGCACCAUGGGACCAGUGAGAUUGCUGUGGUUGCUGCUGGCAUUGGGAACGUUAGAAACGGCUUCUGGAUGGAAUUUUGACAACAAUCGCCAGCGCCGGCAGUCUCAAUACGGGCCACCCCGUGCCUACAGCAUCACCGAGGCCCCGACCCAAACCCCGCCCCCCGCUCCGCCCCUCCCCCCGACCUAUUCCCCGGUCACAGUCGCGGGCACCGCCGCGGCUACGGCUUUGGGCGCGGCGAAUAGCCGGCCGCAGGCGGCGCACAGACCAAAGCCACAGCCGCCGGCGUGGCAGGGUGGUUUCUACGCACGGGCGGAUGGGAAUCGAGCGGGUGGUUCGUUUGUAACUGAACGGAGUACUGCGCAGGCGCAGUUUGGAUAUAGCCAGCAGGGAGGUACUCAGCAAGCUGCCACUCAGCAGGGGGCCACUCAGCAGGGGGCCACUCAGCAAGGGACGACUCAGCCGAUCUAUGUGCAGCCUACCGUGGCUCAGCAGUCCGCGACUCAGCAGCAGACUCAAUAUGUUCAGCAGCAAACUCAGUCACAAACUCAGUACGUCCAGCCGCAAACUCAGUCGCAAACUCAGUACGUCCAGCAGCAAACUCAGCCGCAAACUCAGUCGCAAACUCAGCCGACACUCCCUCCAGAACCUAUAACUCGUUACGACUCUACUUCUUCGUCACAGAUUACAGAGGCGUCCACCGAGGUGACUCAAAGCUACGAGACGCAGCCUACAGCGGCCCCAGCUGAGACUACGGAGUAUAUUGAACCUGCCGCUGAGGUUAUUGUAGGCUCUCAGCCUAUAGGCUACGAUACACAGCCUACGGGUUAUGAACCUCAACCUAUAGCUGAGGUGGCUGCGAGUGAGGAAACUGCAACGUAUGAUACACAGCCAACGCAAGAUCCACAGUCCAUAACGUACAACACACAACCACCAACUGACAGCUCCCAACCCACAACCUACAACACGCAACCUCCAACUUACAACCCCCAGCCCACAACCUACAACACGCAACCUCCUACUUACAACCCACAACCCACAACCUACAACACGCAACCUCCAACUUACGACCCCCAACCCGCAACCUACAACACGCAACCUCCAACUUACAAUCCACAACCUACAACCUACAAUACGCAACCACCAACUUACAACCCACAACCCACAACCUAUAGGCCUCAACCCACCACAGCUCCUACAGAGCCCGAAACUUCAGCACCUACAUACGCCCCACCCACUACCCAAGAAACGAUGACGACUACUUAUGGGCCGGUCCCAACAACGGUCGCUUCUGAUGUGACGACUGAAGAGCCGGUUUAUGUCCAAGAGACUACUACUACUGCUGCUGCCGCUGCUGUGUACGAGACAACUACAGCCACCCCCGAGGUCGCGUAUACAACUGAAGGUGCUGAACCUACCUACCAACCUACCACUGAACCUACUUCUUCGCCUAUAUCUUCACGAUAUGCUCCAACUACCUCGGAACCUGCUGAAGACUACACCGAAACUUCUACUGAAGUUUCCACCGAAGCAGCCGCUGAAAAUUCCACAGAAAACCCUGCCGAAAUCCCUGCCGAAGAGCCCACGUCAAGUCGUCCUGCAACCACUAAAGGCUAUUCCUCAACUUCAUCCCGUGCUAAACCAUCUCCUAGCCCCUCCACUCGGCCAAAUAAGGAAGAGCGAUAUCGCCCGACCACAUAUCGCCCCAGUUAUCGCCCGCCUGAAGAGACCGCGGCAGGCAGAGAUCGGCCGUUCGGCCUGACUGGAGUGGGCGAUAAAUUCUUCGACGAUGGAUUUGAAGACGAGUUCAACAGCAAUAUUCUGAGCCCACACCGGUACCAGUACCCUCCCCGGUACCACAGCCGUCCGCAGUACCCGGACCACCGCCAGAGGUACCCCGAGGUACACCCGUACCACCGGCCCUACCCGUACCACGGGCAAGAGUACAAAGAUGAAGGGUACGGGCCGCACGAGACGGGGCAUGGAAGACCAGGGAGGGGUGGUUUUAUUAGGCCUUGGACGGUACCGAAGGUGAUUCAGGAGGCGCUGAAGGAUGGGCUACGACCCAGCUGGUAGGUAGCAGCAGCAUCGCGAGCGGAGUGGUAGGUGGCGAUAGUGUCACCCGUACUGUACGACAAACGUGGAAAUUGUGGGUACUGCCGUGUAAUGCGUAAUGUUAAGUGUAGCUUCGAGGCUUUGAGCUUCGCAUAAUUGCGUAGAAACAACCGUCCGAUUUUAGAACAUACGAGAAGGUUAUGAUAGUUAUAGCCAAGAUAUAGUAUAGGACUCUAGCUAGUCACUCGAUCGUACUGAACUGACCAAUCUGUCCUGAUGUUUUAAUAAUAAACUUUUUUACAUUUUUAC